CAUAAAUAUAACUUAAAAAGAAAACUCCAUUUUUAAUUUGAAGCUUUUUUUCUUCUCUCCUUCUUCUUCUUCUGUUUGUAAAAACUCUUUGAAGCUUGUGUCCAUGGCGCAGUUUCAGUGUCAGUCUUUUUAAAACGCCCUGUGAACUUCGAAAACAUUUACAUUUAAUUUUCUAUAUACAAAAUUACAUUUUCAACCCCCACUCUCAUUUCCUUUAAUAGGGUCUUUUCGGGUUUUUCCUUUCUGGAGGACUCUCUAUUUUAAUGGCUAAUAACCACCACCACCAUCAUCAAGCUCUGAACAUCUCUGCUCCGCCGUACGGCGGUGGCGGUGGCGGUGGCGAUAGUGCGUUUGACGACGAUGGCCGCCCGAAGCGAACUGGGACUAUUUGGACGGCGAGUGCUCAUAUUAUAACGGCGGUUAUCGGAUCCGGGGUUUUGUCAUUAGCUUGGGCGACGGCGCAGCUCGGUUGGGUGGCCGGACCCGUCGUGAUGCUGUUGUUUUCGUUUGUGACUUACUAUACUUCUACGCUUCUCGCCGCCUGUUACCGCUCCGGGGACUCCGUUGACGGCAAGAGGAACUAUACUUACAUGGACGCCGUCCGAAAUAACCUUGGUGGGUUUAAGGUGAAAUUAUGUGGGCUGGUUCAAUAUGUCAAUCUUUUUGGAGUAGCCAUUGGAUACACAAUAGCCUCAUCCAUAAGCAUGAUGGCAAUCAAAAGAUCCAACUGCUUCCACAAAAGUGGAGGGAAAAAUCCUUGUCAUAUGAACAGCAAUCCCUAUAUGAUUUCAUUUGGAAUUGUGGAAAUUUUCUUGUCACAAAUUCCAGAUUUUGAUCAAUUAUGGUGGCUCUCCAUUGUUGCUGCUGUUAUGUCUUUUACUUACUCCAUAAUUGGUCUUGUUCUUGGAAUCAUUCAAGUUGCAGAUAAUGGAAAAUUCAAGGGCAGUCUAACAGGUGUUAGCAUUGGUACUGUCACUGAAUCCCAAAAGAUUUGGAGGAGCUUUCAAGCCCUUGGUGACAUGGCUUUUGCCUACUCUUUCUCCAUCAUCCUCAUUGAAAUUCAGGACACAAUCAAAGCGCCUCCAUCAGAAGCCAAGACAAUGAAGAAGGCCACUCUUCUAAGUGUAGCAGUGACAUCAGUUUUCUACAUACUUUGUGGGAGUAUGGGAUAUGCAGCCUUUGGAGACUUUGCUCCUGGCAAUCUCCUAACCGGUUUCGGCUUCUACAACCCGUAUUGGCUUCUCGACAUAGCCAACGUAGCCAUCGUAGUCCAUCUCGUCGGUGCAUACCAAGUGUUUUGCCAACCCCUCUUCGCCUUCAUCGAGAAAUACGCAUCAAACCGAUUCCCAGAUAGUCCAUUCAUCAAUGAGGACAUCAAUAUUCCAAUCCCAUGCUUUCGCCCCUUCAAACUCAAUCUCUUUAGGUUAGUUUGGAGGACGAUCUUCGUGAUCAUCACCACUCUCAUCUCGAUGCUCCUCCCGUUCUUCAACGACGUUGUCGGACUUCUCGGAGCCUUGGGAUUUUGGCCUCUCACUGUCUACUUCCCUGUUGAAAUGUACAUUGCACAAAAGAAAAUCCCAAAAUGGAGCACAAGAUGGAUUAGCCUUCAAAUUCUUAGCAUGGCUUGCCUUAUAAUUAGCAUUGCAGCAGCAGCUGGAUCAGUAGCUGGAGUUAUUCAAGAUUCUAAGUCAAUUAAGCCAUUUCAAACUAGCUACUAAUUCUGUUUUUAAAAAAAUUUACCUCUGUUAUUAAAUUGUUACUAUUUACUCUGCUGCUGAUGAGAACAGGAACAAUCAGAAAACAAACACCACCCAAAUAUGCAAUUGCUAAUUCCAAUCUCUUUUAAACUCAGUAACUUUUGUAAUGGUGUAGGUAAGUAGUAAAAGUAAAGGAAAGACCCCAGGAAGGAGAGUCUGUAAAAAUUGUGAAUCUAAGAGAUUCACAAGUUUCAAUCCCAAGACUGUAACUUUGCCUGUUUCCUUGAGGAAAUUUAGAGUUUUCAUAUGGAAAGUUUCAUCUUUUAGAAAUUCUUACCUUCCCCACUUUUUUCCUUUUCAUGUUCCUUCUCUCAAAAUUGUGAUGAUUCCUUCUCUAAUUGUGUAAUGAAAAAUAAUUAGCUGCUA